GCACCCACCACGGCCGCCGACACCUCCUCUGCAUCCACCACGGCCGCCGACACCUCCUCUGCAUCCACCACGGCCGCCGACACCUCCUCUGCAUCCACCACGGCCGCCAACACCUCCUCUGCAUCCACCACGGCCGCCGACACCUCCUCUGCACCCACCACGGCCGCCGACACCUCCUCUGCAUCCACCACGGCCGCCGACACCUCCUCUGCAUCCACCACGGCCGCCGACACCUCCCCUGCACCCACCACGGCCGCCGACACCUCCUCUGCACCCACCACGGCCGCCGACACCUCCUCUAAACCCACCACGGCCGCCGACACCUCCCCUGCACCCACCACGGCCGCCGACACCUCCUCUGCACCCACCACGGCCGCCGACACCUCCCCUGCAUCCACCACGGCCGCCGACACCUCCUCUGCACCCACCACGGCCACCGACACCUCCCCUGCAUCCACCACGGCCGCCGACACCUCCUCUGCAUCCACCACGGCCGCCGACACCUCCCCUGCACCCACCACGGCCGCCGACACCUCCUCUGCAUCCACCACGGCCGCCGACACCUCCUCUGCAUCCACCACGGCCGCCGACACCUCCUCUGCAUCCACCACGGCCGCCGACACCAACUCUGCAUCCACCACGGCCGCCGACACCUCCCCUGCAUCCACCACGGCCGCCGACACCUCCUCUGCAUCCACCAUGGCCGCAGACACCUCCUCUGCACCCACCACGGCCGCCGACACCUCCUCUGCAUCCACCACGGCCGCCGACACCUCCUCUGCAUCCACCACGGCCGCCGACACCUCCCCUGCAUCCACCACGGCCGCCGACACCUCCUCUGCAUCCACCACGGCCGCCGACACCUCCUCUGCAUCCAUCACGGCCUCCGACACCUCCUCUGCACCCACCACGGCCGCCGACACCUCCCCUGCACCCACCACGGCCGCCGACACCUCCCCUGCAUCCACCACGGCCACCGACACCUCCUCUGCAUCCACCACGGCCGCCGACACCUCCUCUGCAUCCACCACGGCCACCGACACCUCCUCUGCAUCCAUCACGGCCUCCGACACCUCCUCUGCAUCCAUCACGGCCUCCGACACCUCCUCUGCACCCACCACGGCCUCCGACACCUCCUCUGCACCCACCACGGCCUCCGACACCUCCCCUGCAUCCACCACGGCCACCGACACCUCCUCUGCAUCCAUCACGGCCUCCGACACCUCCUCUGCACCCACCACGGCCGCCGACACCUCCCCUGCACCCACCACGGCCGCCGACACCUCCCCUGCAUCCACCACGGCCACCGACACCUCCCCUGCAUCCACCACGGCCGCCGACACCUCCUCUGCAUCCACCACGGCCGCCGACACCUCCCCUGCAUCCACCACGGCCGCCGACACCUCCUCUGCAUCCACCACGGCCGCCGACACCUCCUCUGCAUCCACCACGGCCGCCGGCACCUCCCCUGCAUCCACCACGGCCGCCGACACCUCCCCUGCAUCCACCACGGCCGCCAACACCUCCUCUGCAUCCACCACGGCCGCCGACACCUCCUCUGCAUCCACCACGGCCGCCGGCACCUCCUCUGCAUCCACUAUGGCAACCGACACCUCCUCUGCACCCACCACGGCCGCCGACACCUCCCCUGCACCCACCACGGCCGCCGACACCUCCCCUGCAUCCACCACGGCCGCCGGCACCUCCUCUGCAUCGACCACGGCCACCGACACCUCCCCUGCACCCACCACGGCCGCCGACACCUCCCCUGCAUCCAUCACGGCCGCCGGCACCUCCUCUGCAUCGACCACGGCCACCGACACCUCCCCUGCAUCCACCACGGCCGCCGACACCUCCUCUGCAUCCACCACGGCCGCCGACACCUCCCCUGCAUCCACCACGGCCGCCGACACCUCCUCUGCAUCCACUAUGGCAACCGACACCUCCUCUGCACCCACCACGGCCGCCGACACCUCCCCUGCACCCACCACGGCCGCCGACACCUCCCCUGCAUCCACCACGGCCGCCGGCACCUCCUCUGCAUCGACCACGGCCACCGACACCUCCCCUGCAUCCACCACGGCCGCCGACACCUCCUCUGCAUCCACUAUGGCAACCGACACCUCCUCUGCACCCACCACGGCCGCCGACACCUCCUCUGCACCCACCACGGCCGCCGACACCUCCCCUGCAUCCACCACGGCCGCCGACACCUCCCCUGCAUCCACCACGGCCGCCGACACCUCCCCUGCAUCCACCACGGCCGCCGACACCUCCCCUGCAUCCACCACGGCCGCCGACACCUCCCCUGCAUCCACCACGGCCUCCGGCACCUCCUCUGCACCCACCACGGCCGCCGACACCUCCUCUGCACCCACCACGACCGCCGACACCUCCUCUGCAUCCACCACGGCCGCCGACACCUCCCCUGCACCCACCACGGCCGCCGACACCUCCCCUGCAUCCACCACGGCCUCCGGCACCUCCUCUGCAUCGACCACGGCCACCGACACCUCCUCUGCAUCCACCACGGCCGCCGACACCUCCUCUGCAUCCACCACGGCCGCCGACACCUCCUCUGCAUCCACCGCGGCCGCCGACACCUCCUCUGCAUCCACCACGGCCGCCGACACCUCCUCUGCAUCCACCACGGCCGCCGACACCUCCCCUGCAUCCACCACGGCCGCCGACACCUCCUCUGCAUCCACCACGGCCGCCGACACCUCCCGUGCAUCCACCGCGGCCGCCAACACCUCCCAUGCAUCCACCACGGCCGCCGACACCUCCCCUGCACCCACCACGGCCGCCGACACCUCCCCUACCUCCUCUGCAUCCACCACGGCCGCCGACACCUCCUCUGCACCCACCACGGCCGCCGACACCUCCUCUGCAUCCACCACGGCCGCCGACACCUCCCCUGCAUCCACCGCGGCCACCGACACCUCCCCUGCACCCACCACGGCCGCCGACACCUCCUCUGCAUCCACCACGGCCGCCGACACCUCCCCUGCACCCACCACGGCCGCCGACACCUCCUCUGCAUCCACCACGGCCGCCGACACCUCCUCUCCAUCCACCACGGCCGCCAGCACCUCCUCUGCAUCCACCACGGCCACCGACACCUCCCCUGCACCCACCACGGCCGCCGACACCUCCCCUGCAUCCACCACGGCCGCCGACACCUCCUCUGCAUCCACCACGGCCGCCGACACCUCCCCUGCACCCACCACGGCCGCCGACACCUCCCCUGCAUCCACCACGGCCGCCGGCACCUCCUCUGCAUCCACCACGGCCGCCGACACCUCCCCUGCACCCACCACGGCCGCCGACACCUCCUCUGCAUCCACCACGGCCGCCGACACCUCCUCUGCACCCACCACGGCCGCCGACACCUCCCCUGCACCCACCACGGCCGCCGACACCUCCUCUGCAUCCACCAUGGCCGCCGACACCUCCCCUGCAUCCACGACGGCCGCCGACACCUCCUCUGCAUCCACCACGGCCGCCGACACCUCCCCUGCAUCCACCACGGCCGCCGACACCUCCUCUGCACCCACCACGGCCGCUGACACCACCCCUGCAUCCACCACGGCCGCCGACACCUCCCCUGCACCCACGACGGUCGCCGACACCUCCCCUGCAUCCACCACGGCCGCCGACACCUCCUCUGCAUCCACCACGGCCGCCGACACCUCCUCUGCACCCACCACGGUCGCCGACACCUCCCCUGCAUCCACCACGGCCGCCGACACCUCCCCUGCAUCCACCACGGCCGCCGACACCUCCUCUGCAUCCACCACGGCCGCCGACACCUCCCCUGCAUCCACCACGGCCGCCGACACCUCCCCUGCACCCACCACGGCCGCCGACACCUCCUCUGCAUCCACCACGGCCGCCGACACCUCCCCUGCAUCCACCACGGCCGCCGACACCUCCUCUGCAUCCACCACGGCCGCCGACACCUCCCCUGCAUCCACCACGGCCACCGACACCUCCCCUGCAUCCACCACGGCCGCCGACACCUCCCCUGCAUCCACCACGGCCGCCGACACCUCCCCUGCACCCACCACGGCCGCCGACACCUCCCCUGCAUCCACCACGGCCGCCGACACCUCCCCUGCAUCCACCACGGCCGCCGACACCUCCCCUGCAUCCACCACGGCCGCCGACACCUCCCCUGCAUCCACCACGGCCGCCGACACCUCCUCUGCAUCCACCACGGGCGCCGACACCUCCUCUAACACCGUGGCCAGCACUACAUCCGCAACCACGACAUCCACCAGCACCUCUGCAGCUGGUGUGGCCACCAGCACCUCACCUGCCACCGCCACAGCCUCAAGUGCACCUGCAAACACCGGGCCCAGCACCACCCCUCCAACCACCGCAGGCACCAGCACCUCCCCUGCAGCUGCCACGGCCACCAGCACCCCUACAAACACGGUGCCCAGCACCCUUCCUGGACCCACCACGCCCAGCACCACCCCUGAAACCCCCACGGUCACCACCAUAACCCCUGCCAACACUCUGCCCAUCAUAACCUCUCCAACCACCACAUCCACAACCACCACAGUCACGACCACCCCUGAGCACACUCUGCCCAGCACCACCUCUGCAACCACUCUGUCCAGCACCAGCACCCCUGCAUCCACCAAAGACACCAGCACCCCUGCAACCACCACGGCCGCCGACACCUCCCCUGCAUCCACCACGGCCGCCGACACCUCCCCUGCACCCACCACGGCCGCCGACACCAACUCUGCAUCCACCACGGCCGCCGACACCUCCUCUGCAUCCACCACGGCCGCCGAC